GCGGCGCGGAGGGAGGUGAACCGCGCGCGCGGAACCGGCGGGCGAGGAGGAGGACGGCACAGAGGCCCCGCCCCCGCCGCCGCGAGCCGGCUCCUUGCCGCCUCCGAACCCGCUCACUUUGCCGUUUGCCUCUGGACGGCGGCGGGGCGGCCGCCGGAUCCGUGGCCUCAGGGAGCGCGGGAGACGGGGAGCUAUCCCGCCGCGGCGGCUCCAUUCGGCGCCCGCACCCCUCAGGGGGUCGGCGCCGCGGCCUGGGAGAGGGCACCGCGGCCUCGGAGUGGGCAGCCCGCGGGCGCGAGGGGCGGCGGCGCGGACACAGCCGCGUUUCCAGCCGGUGGGGCGCAGCGCUGGCGCCGGCGGGGACUCCCCGGCCACCCGCAGGUACCGUGGGGCGGAGGGCGCGCCGCUAGCAGCGCCGCCUGCGCUGCCAGAGAGACUUGAGCCCAGGGAUCCCCGGGCCAGCGGAAGGCAGGAGCGGAGCCCCGAGGGAGCGCGGGCCCCGACGGCGGGCUCCCCCGUCGGCCACGGGCAGGCAGGUCCCGCGUGGCGGCUGGGGGGGGGGGAGCUGCAGCGGGGCCCUCGGGCCGAAGGUUCCCCGGGCGGCCAGCCAUGACCUUCGGGCGCAGCGGGGCGGCCUCGGUGGUGCUGAACGUGGGCGGCGCCCGGUACUCGCUGUCCCGGGAGCUGCUGAAGGACUUUCCGCUGCGCCGCGUGAGCCGGCUGCACGGCUGCCGCUCCGAGCGCGACGUGCUCGAGGUGUGCGACGACUACGACCGCGAGCGCAACGAAUACUUCUUCGACCGGCACUCGGAGGCCUUCGGCUUCAUCCUGCUCUACGUGCGCGGCCACGGCAAGUUGCGGUUCGCGCCACGGAUGUGCGAGCUCUCCUUCUACAACGAGAUGAUCUACUGGGGCCUAGAGGGCGCGCACCUCGAGUACUGCUGCCAGCGCCGCCUCGACGACCGCAUGUCCGACACCUACACCUUCUACUCAGCGGACGAGCCGGGCGUGCUGGGCCGCGACGAGGCGCGCCCCGGCGGGGCCGAGGCGGCUCCCUCCAGGCGCUGGCUGGAGCGCAUGCGGCGGACCUUCGAGGAGCCCACGUCGUCGCUGGCCGCGCAGAUCCUGGCCAGCGUGUCGGUGGUGUUCGUGAUCGUGUCCAUGGUGGUGCUGUGCGCCAGCACGUUGCCCGACUGGCGCAACGCAGCAGCCGACAACCGCAGCCUGGAUGACCGGAGCAGGUACUCCGCCGGCCCUGGGAGGGAGCCCUCCGGGAUAAUUGAAGCUAUCUGCAUAGGUUGGUUCACUGCGGAGUGCAUCGUGAGGUUCAUUGUCUCCAAAAACAAGUGUGAGUUUGUCAAGAGACCCCUGAACAUCAUAGAUUUACUGGCAAUCACGCCGUAUUACAUCUCCGUGUUGAUGACAGUGUUUACAGGCGAGAACUCUCAACUCCAGAGGGCUGGAGUCACCUUGAGGGUACUUAGAAUGAUGAGGAUUUUUUGGGUGAUUAAGCUUGCCCGUCACUUCAUUGGUCUUCAGACACUCGGUUUGACUCUCAAACGUUGCUACCGAGAGAUGGUUAUGUUACUUGUCUUCAUUUGUGUUGCCAUGGCAAUCUUUAGUGCACUUUCUCAGCUUCUUGAACAUGGGCUGGACCUGGAAACAUCCAACAAGGACUUCACCAGCAUUCCCGCUGCCUGCUGGUGGGUGAUUAUCUCUAUGACUACAGUUGGCUAUGGAGAUAUGUAUCCUAUCACAGUGCCUGGAAGAAUUCUUGGAGGAGUUUGUGUUGUCAGUGGAAUUGUUCUAUUGGCAUUACCUAUCACUUUUAUCUACCAUAGCUUUGUGCAGUGUUAUCAUGAGCUCAAGUUUAGAUCUGCUAGGUAUAGUAGGAGCCUCUCUGCUGAAUUCCUGAAUUAAUGCAUUGCAAAUCAAUUCUUGCAUACACUUCAUAGAAAGACCUGAUGCUACUUCAUAUUUAUGUGUUUCUUGCUGGGUGAGCACUGCAGUGGCAUUGUCAUCAUCUUGGUAGGGUAGAAAUUAUCCUUCCCAGCCGAAGGGAUAAAACAGUUUACUUAUUAUGGAGUAAAUAGAAUUGAGACUGCAAAGGAAGAAUAAUGACUCCUAGAGUAAACUUUAGGACCUGAUUUUAUUUGGACUUGUUUUCCCAUUUCCUUGAAUGAUUACAUAUUUUUUAAAAAUACCUUAUUUGAACAUUUUAAAACAGAAAGGUACAAUUUUCCAAAUGUUUUUCCAUCUUAUGAAUUCAGAAGAAGCUUGGAACUUAUAGUGUUUUUUGUUUGAGAGUAACAUUUUCAUUUCUAAAUGUUUUAUAAUUUCUCAUAUCAAUGUCAGAAGUAUCCUGGAAACAUAUGUCACAUGCAGGAACUGUUUAACAAAUACUUAAAAAAUUUGGCCAAAAUUUAAACUGUAUAAUAGAGCUAGAUAUAAGCAAGAAUAAUAUUUGAAAGACUUUUCCAGCAUACUUCUCAAUUCUUUGCUUUAUUUUUGUGCCAAUUAUUCACCUUAUUGUGCAGCUUCAUGGAAGCUUGAGUAUGUUCUCACUUUUCCAUUUUGGAUUUAUCUCUUUACUGAAAUGACUCAAAAGGUAUUUAAGAAUUGAUGAGAGCUUGUGUUGUUUAGCAUCUUAUUGGAUAAUAUUUGAAUUCGUUGCUGUUCCUAGGUGAUAACUGUCCUAAUAUUUAGAUGUCCAAACAAGAAUACUUCCAACUUAAAAAUUAUAAUAGGAAUAAUUUGAGAUGACUCAAUAUUACAAUCUCUUCUUCUCUUAACCUCCUCCCCCAAACACUAGAGGUUUAAUAAGACUUAUUAGAUGAAAAGAUAUUUAUAUAGCCUUUUAGUACCAAAGUCAUACUUAUGUGUUGUCACUGGAUUGUCAUAAAAGGAAGAAAUUAAAUAUUACUGUACUCUUAGUUGCUGUGUACCUAAGUCAAUUUUAAGCCAGUAAAAGCAAUGGAUACAUAAUUAUUUGAUCUGAUCUUUAACCAUUGUGAAUCACAGCUACAGAAAAACCCUUCUUGUAAGAAUAUUGACUAAUACGCCAUGUUAAUCUGGCUAGAUUAUUAAGACUAGAUAAUGUAAAAGUGACGAUUGUUUAGUAACUAAAUUUUAGCAAUAGGAAUUAGAAUUUCACUUUUUCAACCAGUUACCAUAAAGAAAUUAGUGUAUAUAUAAACACAAAUAAUUAGUGACAGAUUCAUAAAAAAUUGAAUGUUGUACACAGUAAUUUUGUCAGGGGUAGAGAAGACAGGGAUUGGGAAGUGGUGGGUAGGAUGAAGGACCUGGAUAUAUUUAUCAAAUAAAGGAUUACCAGAAGUGUUCAUUAAAGGAAUUGUAGCCAUCAUCUAGUUCGGACCUCAACUAUUACAGAUAGAAAAUCAGGGCAGGAGAGGAUAUAAUUGUGAAGGAGUCAGGGCUAACACCUGGAUCUCCAGAAACCUAGCCUAGCAGUUUAAUCUUCACACACCUCUGGGUUCUGAGAAAAGCCUGGAAAAAUCACACUUCUUUGUCAUUGUCAUGCUGAGGUAAUAAUAGCGAAACUGUUUUCUUUUCCUUAAUUUCCUUUCUUAAGCUUAUGUAAUACUUUGGCCAUUAAAUAUCUUGCCUUAUCUUCCCUACUACUGCUGGUAUGCUAUUUCUUACAUACUCAAAAGAAAUUCGAUUAUUUAUUGUAUAUUUAUUGUAUUCUAAUAUAAUUGAAAUAAAUGGCAUGGAUUUAUUUUUUCUUACCUAUUUGGAUUAAAGCUUUGUGGUUCAUGCAAACAAUGUGCAGAUGACAGCACCUCCAUAUUACUAAUAAAAAUAUGAUAUCCAU